CACCUAAUAAUAAUACACUCUUUAGUUUUCAAGUUACGCUAAGACCUAUCGGAGAGUUCGAGACUAACUAGUCACUUUUUCAAAAAAAAAAUCCGAAAAAAAUUUUCGCGAAUUUUCCAAAAUUUUCAUUUUUUUUGGAAAUAAUUUUCAGAUAUGUGCGUCUGGUUUUUGUUGUUGAAUUUAAUCGCGUUGGUUUCGGCAGCGCCUGGAAAUCAGCGGAGUAUCAGUGCAGAUGCCGAAACGUCGUUGAAUAAAUUUUUGAACGUUUAUUUGGAUCAAAUAGAAUCGAACGGAGUGCCCGAAGGGGAUUUGUACGAUACCAUGCAGGGAGAUCAACCCCAAGAGGAAAAUAACAUACAACAAAUUGGACCCACUACAUCGGGAGACAACAGAAAUUUGUCAAUAGAAUAUUCAAGGGCAAUGAGAAAUAGCCAAAACGAUCCGGAUGAAAGAUCUAGAGAAAAUAGAAUCCAGGAAUUAAAGGAUACGAUUUUAAAAUAUAUAGGAAGGAAACCGGAAGACGAUGUACCUACUAAUUCGAUGAAUAUAUCGCAAAUUAUACCGAGAGUUCUGAAUAUAACGAGUUUUUCGACCGACGAUCCGGUUACCGAGAAAAUUCGAAGCUUCUAUCCCUCAUGUGACAUACCAGUUAAUACGGAUCAAGAUCUUUGGAAAGAUGACGACGUCAUGAAUCUCUAUUUCAACUUCGAUCUUUUUUCGGAAUCCCGAAACGCGAACAUAGCGACGGCUACUUUGAGGUUAUACCGACUACCUGAUAACAAUACGAAAACAAAUAACGACAAACCAGAUUGUGACGUUUUAGGUACAUCCGAAGAAGAAAAAUUGUUGAGGAUCAGCAUCUAUUGGUAUACCAAGUCGUUGAAAAAACGUAGAGUUAAGAAACGCCUGUCCGAUAGCAGAGUCAUUUCGGAAACAGCCAAAUGGGUGGAAUUAAGCAUAAAACCGGCGACCAAAGCUUGGACUAGAGGAAGAAAUUUAGGAUUGGGAGUGUUGGUAGAAGAUCAAGAAGGCAACGUUUUACGAGCAGAUAGAGUUUUCAAAGGAACAUCAUGCACGGUUGGAUUUUCCACACCAAAACCCAUCCCCACCAUUAUCGUUGAUGCAGUCCGUCAAACAAACGAAUUGGACCGAGUUCGUAACGUACUUGGACGCAAUUCAACAUCAGCCCUACAUAGUGACAUAUAUAUGCUACCAACAAUAGACAUAUGCACGUUGGAAUUUCCGGAGAACUACACGUUACAGUCGAAAUCGCGAAUAAACGCUUGUAACCUUAAAAAAAUGCACGAACAAAAUCAAUAUCUCGUGGAAAAAGAUCGAUUAGAACGAUUGGCGACGUUGCCGGAUUUGGUGGCGCGUCCGCAUCAAAGGCAUAUCAGACAUCAAAGACAACACAUGACGUACGACGAACCGACGACUUACGAUAUUAGAUCGAGAAUAAUCGGAUCGAAAGUUAUACUCAAACAUGAGGAUUUGCAGAAUUUAACGAACAAUAAAUUAAAUUUAUCUAUGAUUAAUCGGUAAAUUUAUUUUUUAGUGUAUAUAUUAAUUUUCUUGCUGAAAAUUCGGAGAUUUAUCCGGAAAGAUACGACAAAUUUUCAUGUUUACCAAUUUCUUUUUUUUUUGGAUAAAACUCCCUAAAUAUAAGACUGUGUUUUAGGUUACUAGGUUAUGUAUUUCGUUUUUAAUUUUAAGCAAUCUACGAGGGUUGUGUGGAAACAUUUAUUAGUACACUUCAAUCAGUCCAAUUUAAGACAUUUGAAUUCAAACGUGCUUAUACCAAUUCCAAUAAAAUUAACCAAAAAAUAUCAUGAACCAAUACUUGAUGUCCUUUAACUUGGAAUUAAAAAGACAGUUGAUACCUAGUAGAUCGUAUACUUUUCACACGACCCUUGUAUCUAACGUAUUCGGGUCACUUUUUGUAUUCCCCGAUCCAAACUUUCCAAAUGUAUACAGCGCGCUGUGUCGGUUUUUCGGAUGCUGUUCAAAGUACGAAAAUAAAGUGGAAGACGCGAAGAAAAGUCCAUGCUUGUCCAGACUUGUUCGAGAGCCUCUAGGAGGCGAAUGCUCGUCAAUAGUCGUUCUAUAACCUCUAGGAAGCGAAUGCUUGUCAAGGCUCGUUCAAAGACAUUUAGAAGACAAAUGCUCGUCAAGAUUAGUUCGAGAACAUCUAGGAGACGAAUGCUCGUCAAGACUCGUUCGAGAGCCUCUUGGAGACGAAUGCUCGUCAUGACUCGUUCGAGGACUAUAAUACAAAUGCUUAUCAAAACUCGUUCGAGAACCUCUAGGAGGCGAAUAUCCGUCAAGAUUCGUUCGAGAACUUCUAAGAAGCGAGUCGCGAGUGCCUAUGGUGUGGAGAUGCCUAUAGAUAUUGAUCUUCAACUUCAUUAGGUCGUAGUGUACGGGAAAGUCCUGCUUUGGUAGCUGAUUCUACACGCUUGCACGCAUGCUCGUCAAGACUUGUUCGAGAACCUCUAGGAGGCGAAUGUCCGUCAAGACCCGUUCGAGAACCUCUAGGAGACGAUUGUGGUCGCUCGUUAGAUCUUGGAAUGCAUUUCAUCGCGAUUUAGAAAAUCACGUUACAAAUCUUUUACCGUAUUGUUUUAGAAGUUUUACAACCACAAAUAAAUCGAUCUGUAGAAAAAGUUGACCCUGUACGUUCGUUUUAAAUUAAUGUCGUCAGAUCUACAGCAACAAGUUGUUCUAACCUACAAUUUUUAAAUUGAAAUUAGAGAGAUUUCUGUGUCAAAGUUUAAUGCAAAUUUGUUUGUUAUGUGAAAAGCAAUGACAAGAGUAGUUCGAGUGGUGCCUGUCGUUUGGAGAUGCCUAUAGAUAUUGAUCUUCAACUUCUCUAUGUUGUAGUGUACGGGAAAGACGUGCCUUGAUAGCUGAUUCUCCACGCUUCUCUAAAGGAAAGAGUCGAAUUCUCGUCAAGACUCGUUCUAGAACCUCUAGGAGGCGACUCGUUUGCACACGUUUGCACUUCUCCAAAGAAAAGAGUCCCGAUAAAUUAAAGUUCUGGGCGUCUGCAGACGAACUAGGAGUUAAUGAACCACGUGACCCUGUCGAGUAGGUCUUGCUAAUACUACUCUAGGUGGGUUUAUGCUGGACAGCUCAGAUGAGCCGUGGUGGUAUCGGUAAAAGAGUCAACUCAGCGAACUUUCUUCUAUGCUCUAAAUUGUCUAAACUUCUAGUUGCUCUGGAUCGAAUGUUUCUCUUUCGUAUUGAGUAGAACAUCUUCAAGGUAUGCUUGGAGGCCGAGCUCCAAAUGUGAGAGCAAUAUCCCAAAGAUAAA